AAUGGCCGCCCGUCCACAGACUUGACUACACAGCGCUUUGAAAUUGAACAUUUCUGCAUAUUUUGCUUGACUCUGCAGCAACCACAGUACUUAUAUACUAGCCAGUAGCUUGUUGCGAGUGCAUUUUCAUUAUAUUCCACUUACUUGACUCUCCGCUCAGGCGUCGCUGUUCUUGUAGCUUCGACGAAUGCCUCAAAAAGCUGAAAAAACCCCGCACUGAAGCACUUUAGCUAGCUAGCACGCUAGUUUUCUUCAUAUGUGAUUCCUGAGAAGAAAGGAGUAUCAGGACUGGAGCAGUAGUUCAUGGAAGACAAGAAAAGGAAAAAAGAAGAAAAAAGGAAAAGGGAAGCCUCACAGAAGGUCACAGAACAAAAGAGCAAAGACUUGACCAAGCAGGCGUCUGCCCAGCCUCCUGCCACUCAGAGCAGCCCUGCCUCCCCCUGCCCUGGACCCACCCCCUCUGCUUCCCCGUCCCCAGCCACUUCAGGCCCUGGCAGUGCUGCCGCCCAAUCACAGGGUGGUAACAAUGCCAAGCGCCUUGCAGUGGCCAACGGACAGCCCACCUCCACCCCCGGUUCUUCCUCCACCACAGGCAGCACAAGUGGUACUGGGAACGGGAAUACAAGUAGCGGAGGUGCGGCCCUGGCACCUCAGCAGCAACCUCGUUAUAUGCCAAGAGAAGUGCCACCGCGAUUCCGCUGCCAGCAGGACCAUAAAGUGCUACUGAAAAGGGGCCAGCCACCACUGUCCUCUAUGCUGCUGGGAGGGGGAGGAGGAGGGGAAGGCGCGAAUGCAAGCAUAGCUGCUGUCUCAGAUUCUGGUGCAGCUACCUCCUCUUUGGCCCUCACCUCAUCAUCAGUUGCUGCUUCUUCCACUACUUCUAAUUAUGCAAAUUCCAUGUGGGGGGCAAGCUUAGGCUCCCAGGCCUCCUCUCAGGGCAGGGAGAAGGUGAUUGUAGAUGGGAAUGACCUGGAAGAGUGGCCCAGCAUCGGUGGCAGUGAUGGAGGAGGAGCUUGUUUCACUGUAGCUGGAGGAAGCGGCAGCAGCAGCAACAACAACAAUGGAAUGCCUGUGAACAGCACUAGUGCCUCUGGCAACCAAUCCUCAUCCACUUCCUUGUUCUCUUUGCCCAAUGAAUGUAUGCAGUCGUCCAGUAGUGUGGCAUGGGGGACGGCUGCCUCCCAGGGCCAUCUUGGAGGAGGAAAUGCAGUAGUUUCAGCCGGGCCUGUGUUACAACAGUCCUCCUCACUUUCCAAAGCCUCCACUGUGCCAGGAAGCCAUGAUGCCAGUGGCCUCGUUGACAGCAGCAGUGGGAUUCCAGGUGCCAACUUUAAUCCAAAUGCCAAUCCUUCGGCCUGGCCUGCCCUGGUACAACAGGAUGAGCCUGCUGCUGCAGGUGAAGGAGGUUCGUCUUCCUACCAUCACCAGGGCCCUGGAGGGACCAUAUCUGCCAACAAUUCUGCUUCCGUAGGGCUAAAGGCUGGGUCAGUUGGGGUGCUAGGGGGUCACCAAGCUUUGCCUGUGAAUCAAUCAAGCACCCACCAGCACCAACUUCACCAAAUGCAAUCUAGAGACAGAGAGAUGGGAGGGGGGAAGUGGGACAGCGAAUCAGCGGGACCAAAAAUUGCAGGAGAGGAAGGAGUUGUGGGAGGAAUGGGCGCUGGGAUAAAUGUUGGCGACCACAAUCAUUCUUCCUCAUGGAGGGCCCAGCCCUCUUACCCUGCUUCUAACUCCAAAACGGGUGCCUCAAGGACUGAUGGAUGGGAGGGUGGCAUGGGGGGAUACAGAGCUGCUGAGGGGGAUAAUGGGACUUCAGGUUGGGGUUUUCCAGGGCCCUCUCGUGGGCCUAAUGCAUGGGGGAGUGCUGGAACUGGGGGAAAUGAUAGUCAAACUGGGGUAUCUCAGGGAGGGUGGGGGACAUCAGGAGCAGGAGGGGAGAAAGCGAUGUCUAGUGUUGAAUGGGGUGGGAGUUCAUCUGGUACUGGUGGAGCAGAAGCCACAGGAGGAGCCUGCAGCAGUAAUAGCAGCAGCAGUGGAUGCAGCACAGCUGGCAAUCCCGUCACCUCACCAUCCACUGCUAUGAACAGAGCUUGGGACAAUCAGAAAGGAGAGGUUGAAACGGGGGAAUGGAGUGAGGGAGGAGGACAGGGAGCACAGGGAGGAUCCAGUGGUGGGAAUUCUAGAAGCGAAAGGGAACCUUACGGCAGUCGUCCUCGACGUCCGCCACCCAAUACUGAAGCUGCCUUAGAGAGCCUUCUUAGCCGAUCUGAUCUUGAUCCACGGGUCCUAUCCAACACAGGCUGGGGCCAAACACAGAUCCGACAAAACACAGCUUGGGAUGUUGAUGAUCAAGUGGAACACAAUAAGAGUGCACUGUUAUCAGCUUCGACAAAACACUCAACUUCUCUGGGAAAUUCUUCCCCAUAUACCUCUGGACCCAGAACCUUAAUUGGUGAUUCUAAUGGUCCAGGUGUCAUUCCUCCCUUGGUUUCAUCUGUUGGAUCCUCUGGAGAGGGCUGGGAGACCAGCAGCAGCAGUAGCAGCAGUGGUGGGACCUCUCUAUCUGGGAGAGGCCCACCUCCUUCGGGCCCCAGUAUGAGUAAUCUUGGCGUCUCGCAAUCUGGUCCAGUGAUCGCAACAUGUACUGGGGUUGGAUCAGGACCACUGGGACAUAACCAGCAAGGGAAGGCUACAGGCUGGGGUGGAGGAGGGAUGGGAGCUGUGGAUAAUCAGGAGUCCAAAGGUUGGGGUAAUGAAGAAUGGAGAGCCAGCAGAGGAAAUGGAGGCAGUUGGGAUGGUCUUGGGCAACAAGGCAGCGCUGUAAGUGCAGGCUGGGGAGGAAAUGAAGAGAAAGGAGCUAUCGGGUGGAAAGAAAUGGGUGGGGAAGGACAAGGAAGUGAGUGGGGGUCAAGGCAGAAGGUUGGGUCAGGUAGGGGCUGGGGUGAGAAAGAGUCCAAAUUAAAUAGCAGCGGUGGGGGAUGGGAAGAUGACCAGAACAACAGAUUAGGGAACUCAGGUGGGGAUGCAGGAGUGGGUGGUUGGGGAAACUGGGAUGAGGAUGCUCCACGGAGAUCCUGGGGGACAGGGGGUGGAGGGAGUGGGGCAGGAUCAAUCAGCGUUACUGGGUCCAAAUCCCAUCAAAGUUGGAGUGGAGUAAAUAAAAUGCAUCAGAUGCCAAACAGCCAAUCGGGCUCCAUCACAGGCCUACAGGCACAACUGCAACAGCAACAAUCACAACCCCGUAAUCAGCCUCCACAGCUGCAGCAAGCAUUGGACCAAGGGGCUAUGCAACGGGGUGGUGGGAGAAAACCAGUCUCCCAAGUCCAGAACCAAAGCUCAGGCUGGACCUCAGGGCCCAUCCCUGCUGGUCAUGGAUUAGGUGGAAGUGGUUCUGAACAAAGUGGUUGGGAGGAACCCUCACCACAGUCAUUAAGCAGGAAAAAUGAGAUAGAUGAUGGGACAUCAGCAUGGGGAGACCCAACACAUUACAACUACAAGCCAGUUAACAUGUGGGAUAAGAACAGCACACCUGCUGGUCAACAGCCACAUGAUCUGGGACAAACUCAACAGCCACAGCAAGGACCUCCAGUACAGCAACAGCAAGGACCUCCAGUACAGCAGCUUUGUAGACCAGCUGCAGGACUUGGAGGCAGCAGGGACUUCAACACUGGCCAUGGUCAAGGAAAAACUGCUGCAAUGGGUACCUCGGGCUGGGGUGGUACACCUCCAGCUAGUCCCACUGUUGACAAUGGCACUGCUGCUUGGGGAAAACCUACUGAUGCCCCUUCUGGCUGGGGGGACCCCGAUGAUGCUGGGGGGAAAACAGGCUGGGGAAACCCUCCUCCCAAUCCCAUCAAAUCUGCAUCCAAGUCUAUGCAAGACGGCUGGGGGGACAAAGAGGGCUCUGUGGCGGCUUCACGUCACUCGAGCUGGGAGGAAGAGGAGGAGGGUGGGGGCAUGUGGAACAGCACCGGCUCCCAGGGCAGUGGGUCAUCUUGGGGACAGGGUAGCAAUGGAGGCUGGGGACAGAGCCACACUGUCAAGAAGCCUAGCAACAAGGGUCCACUCAAGGUUGGCGGGGGAGAUUCGUGGAUGAGCCCCAUCAACAGACAAUUCUCCAAUAUGGGGCUUCUGCAGAAUGAUGAUCCUAGUGGUCCAAACAUUGACCUGGCUCCAGGUUCCCUCCAGGAGAAAAAGAUAGAUAUGGAGAAAAGAACCUUUGGAAUGAUGGAUUACAAUGGAGACAUGAGGAAAGGAGGAAGAGGGGGAGGGAGCAUGGCUUAUCGUUCACCUGUUUCCAAAGAGGCAGCACCUGGGGAUGCGGUUUCUUUCUAUGACAAGACCUUGCUUUUGAACAAUCAGGAUGGGGAGGAUGGUCCUUGCUCUUUGUUCUCACCACCCACCGCCUACAAGCCCCAUUCCCUCUUCAAUCACACUAUCCCCUUUAGACAAGGUGGUCACAGUCUCCUUGGCAGUAGUGGAGGGAUGUCUCAGCUCAGACACCAGCCCAAUGUUCCACCCAUGAACCAGUCCCCAGGGAUACGAGCACAAGUGCCUCAUCAGUUCCUGUCACCUCAGGUGCCAGGCUCCUUGCUGAAGCAGAUGCCCCCUCCUAGCGGUGGUGUGGGGGGUGUUGGUGGUGUGGGAGGAGUGACAGGAGUUGGGGGUGGUGUCUUCCCUCCCCAGCUGUCUCCCCAGCAUAUUGCCAUGCUCAGCAGCAUCUACCCACCACACAUCCAGUUUCAGUUGGCUUGUCAGCUCCUCCUCCAACAGCAACAGCAGCCUCAACAGCAACCGCAACAGCAGCAGCAGCACCUGCUGCAAAACCAGAGAAAGUUUACACCGAAUGUGCGGCAGCAAGCUGACCCUCAACAACUGGCCAGGAUCAUGGCAGUGCUCCAGCAACAGCGCCAGCAGCAGCAGGUCGGGAGCUUAGGUGGCAGUGUCAAACUCUCUCCCUCACACCAUGGUGGAAGUGGUGCCAAAUUACCCGGGGCUGAGGUCUUGCCCCACCAAAGCCUGGCAGGAACUGUGGCUGACCUGCACCAGAAAACACUUGGCCCCUACUCUAGCUUUAACUCUGGUGUGAACCUCUCAGGUCUGGACCUGAGUGGGUCUGUGGUUGGGGGGCCUGGAGGAAUGAAGGACAUGGGAGGUCAACAGUCCCGUUUCAAAUGGAUGAUGGAGGGGCACUCCUCCCCUGACACCUCCUCACCUGAAAAUGCAUUCCACAAAAAUGGUCCUGUCACCCCCAUGAAGAUGCCAGGGGGCUCACCCUACUAUGACAUGAUUGUUGGAGACCCACAGGGUAACACCAACUGGCAUCGCACGCCUGGCAACAAGUUGAGUACCAAGCAGACCACCACACCCAGCUGGCCCCCUGAGUUUCAGCCUGGUGUUCCCUGGAAAGGAAUAGAUCGUGUUGACCCCGAAUCUGACCCCUACAUGACCCCAGGGGGCAUGAUGGGAAACACCGUGUCUCCUGGCCUCAAUGACACCGAGCACCAGUUGUUACAAGACAAUACUGAUUCCAUCCCUCCCCUCAACACCUUACUGCCUUCACCUGGUGCCUGGCCCUACAGUGCCUCAGAUGCCCUUAACAACGCACACAACUCAGCAAAGUACACAGACUACAAGACUGGAUGGUCCCCUGAGCCCAUUGGUCACAAGUCCUGGAAAGCCAGUCGUGGCAGCAGCCAGUUUCAGCUGUCCCGCCCACCUCCAGGCUUAGCCAGUCAGAAGCAGCUAACACCCACCCCGUGGUUAGGCGGCGCACCCCGACUGGCGGGUAGAGGCUGGGGGAGUGGUUCAGCCACUACUAGCUCGGCCUGGAGUGAUGGCAGUUCCCGGGAAAGCUGCUGGUUGGAGCUCAGUAAUCUAACACCGCAGAUUGAUGGCUCUACGCUUAGAACCAUAUGCAUGCAGCAUGGCCCUCUGCUGACCUUUCACCUUGGCCUAACCCAGGGCACUGCUCUCAUUCGCUAUGGCUCCAAACAUGAAGCAGCCAAGGCCCAGAGCGCCCUCCACAUGUGUGUUCUGGGAAACACCACCAUCUUGGCGGAGUUUGUGAGUGAGGAGGAUGUGGCCCGCUACAUUGCACAAUCCCAGGCUGGAGGGUCCGGGAACGGAGGCACCAGCAUCGGCUCUGGCACCACACCUACACCAUCCUCUACGGUGGGCACUAACAGUAGCGGGGCCCCCUGUGAGCUCGGUGGAGCAGGGGGCAGCAGCGGCGGAGGAGUCGGUGCAGAGGGAGGCUCCACGCCGGGAACCGCACUACCAGAGGCAACCGGGCAUUCCGAAUCCACUUGGCAGAGUCUGGACAGCACAGGCAGCUCAUCGGACCAGUCCGCCCCACCGGCGCCCGGCCUGGGCAUCUUCACCCAGUGGAGCAGCAACAGUGCUGGGGUGGGUGGAACUGCGGGUGUGGAGCCAGGGAGGCAGGGUCUGUGGGGGGGUAUGAGCGGGGCAGGGUACCCCAGUAGUAGCCUCUGGGGGUCGCCAGCACUUGAAGAUCGUCAUCAGAUGGGCAGCCCAGCCUCGCUGCUGCCGGGGGACCUCCUCGGCGGGGGUGGCGACUGACACGCGACCAUGUUGAAAGUCACAUGUCACGCUCUUAUUUAUUUACACGUACAAAUGAUGUGAAUAGAAGCUACACUGGUCACCCAACAUGCAGGCUACAUGCAAUACAUUGCUUAUACGUUUGUUUCCUAAGUGUAAUCAUCAACCUUAAAUGAAGACCACAGUGAAACUUGAAGCAGAGGACUGAACCGGGUUCUAAGUUUUGUCUUUAUAGUCCACAUCUCAUCAUAUUGCUCCAUCACUCAGGCAUGUACUGUAAACGGGCUCCUCCGAGUCCCACGUGUCGACACGUUAACUCGUUGCUCUUGUCCCACCCCCACCCCCCAAA